AUUUUCAAAGGUGGCAACACUGCACGUUGUAUAACCUAUUUGCAGCACAUACUUUUUCUUUACCAAUUGCAUAGCUUCACUACCGUCAAUAAACAGAGAAAAAAUAUGGCUGGCGAAGGAGAGAAGUUAACCGGUCUGUCAAAGCACUUUAAUGGCACCACCAUGGCUGGCCGUGCUAAUGUGGCUAAAGCUACAUAUGCAGUCAUGGGCCUGCUGAUUGCCUACCAGAUCAUGAAGCCCAAGAAGAAGUAGAGUGCAACUGGAUUUGAUGUCCCUAUAAUAUAGAAGUUGCACAUCCUGGAGCGAUGGCUUCAGAUAGGCAACCCUUUCAAGUGACAACUUUAUGAAGUGCAACACUUUAAAGAAGUUAAUACGUUUUAAAUGUAGCGCAAAACAAAAAAUAAACUAAAUUUCAUUA